AUGCGCAUCUACUAUUCCUGGAGGGCAGACGUCAGGAAUGGCAGCGGCAGUGAAGGGGUUCAGGAGUUGGAGGGGCAUGAAUCCACCAACAGACCAGGCGGCAAGUCCAGGAACGGUCUUAAGGAUGAACCAACAGAAUGCCCGCGCAUGGGCGUUACGGAGGGUCGGAAUAGUGGACUCAACGGGCCGAUUCGCAAGGAGAGGAGGGAGGCAGGUGGGCAUGACCUCCGGGAGUGGGAUGGCGCUCAGUCAAGAGGCGGAGGCGGCAAUGUCAGGAGGCAGCCUGGGCCAAGCGGCGAGCUUCUCGACUUGCCCGCGCUUGCUCACGAUAUAGGUGCCAAGAUGCUCGUCCGCAAUCUUACGGCAGGCGGUUCGCUACCUCCAGACACUUCUCCGUCUUCCUCGAGCAGCCACAGCUUGGAGAUCACGAUUCUCUAUGCCCUCGCCGAGAUGAAGCUGCUCUAUGAUCUCGACGCCUCGAGAAGGGGACAGAGACAGCGAUGGCGAAGCGAGGCAUGA